AUGGCCAGGAUUCGAUAUGCGGCCCCUCCCGUAGGAAAGCUGCGAUGGCAAGCGCCACAGUCCCCUCUAGUAAACAGGAAUUCUAUCCAAUCUGCCACUAAACAGCCUCCAUUGUGUCCACAGUCCGGUGGUGCAAAGCUCCCAGAAGCAUACGGCUUCAAUUCAGCCCUGGGCAAUGAGGACUGCUUGUUCUUGAAUGUGUAUGCUCCGCCCGGGGCCAAAGACCUUCCUGUCCUCCUUUGGAUUCACGGUGGCGGAUACGGGCUUUUUGGGGCCGUAUAUGACCCCAGUGAGUUGAUCAACACGAACAACAACGGGUUCAUUUCAGUUAUGAUUCAGUAUAGACUGGGAGCCUUUGGCUUCUUGUCGUCAGAAGCCGUACACAAGCACGGCAAGGCUAAUGCAGGUUUGCUUGAUAUGCGUUUCGCCCUCGAAUGGGUCCAGGAGCAUAUUGGGAAAUUUGGCGGUGAUGCCUCCCGCGUUACGGUCGCCGGCGAAUCCUCAGGAGCAGGCUCGGCAAUGCUACAGUCAAUGGCUUAUGGUGGUCGUGAGGACCACUUAUUCAAUAACGUUAUUGCCGCCAGCCCGUAUAGCGCGCCCUUGCAUGAGUACGAUGGGCGAGUGCCGACAAGUCACUAUCAGGAUUUCGCAACACGAGCAGGCUGUUACAAGCCGGGUAAAAGGUUUGAGGCAGCUGUAUUUGACUGCCUCGUCAAUGCCGACACCAAUACUUUGCAAUACGCCAGUGCGAAUGUCUCCAUAGCAGGAGAAUGGGGUACUUGGGCCUUCCAACCUGUAAUCGAUGGUGAUUUUAUCCGGGAACUGCCUUCUAAGCAAUUACACAAGAAGAAAGUGAGCGGGAAGCGUGUUUUAUCUGGGAACAAUGCCAACGAGGGCGUCCCGCUUAGCCCGCCAUAUGUGAACACGGCUGCCGGCUUCCUGAGUUACGUCCACUCUGCUUUCCCUUUGUUCUCCCGCAGAGACUAUUCCCGUUUGCUGGAUAUCUACCAGUACCGCGACAGCUCUCCUGAAAAUACCGGUCCCCGAUACGAUACAUUAGGCGAUCGUGGUCCAACUGCUAUCAACCAAUCAGAAAUGGCAACUGGUCUUCAGCAGACAGUCUUCAACAUAUACGCCGAAUCAUCCUUCGACUGCCCCUCUUACUGGCUCGCGGAUGCUUUCGCAGGUCAUACCAAGGAGAGUUGGAAAUAUCAGUACUCCAUCACCCCUUCGUACCACGGAGCUGAUUUGAGUGCAUACUUCUCUGUUGGAGCGACUACACCCACUCGCGGCCUGAUCGAUGCCUUCCAGAAGAUUUGGGGCAGCUUUAUCAUCAAUGAUACUCCGGUUAUCUCUAUCAUCGACGCCAAGGGUGGCGCAGAUAAUGCCACCGUGCCUGAAGGUAUCCACGGAAAUAUUGCCUGGCCGGAGUGGAAUAGCAGAUCUCCCAUCUUAAUGAACCUGAACACCACCGGUGGAACAACGGUCUACGUGGAAGUUACUGAAAGCCUCUCUUACUGGCUUCGAGAAGGGCCUGGAGUCACGAAUGAGUUUAGACUGGCAGAUGCAUGGAAAUGGGAAGGCGGCCGUGGUGAGCGCUAUCAAGAUGACCCUGAUGAACGACGUCGCGUAAGAGUUAUCGCGGGGUUGCCACCGCCAAAGGGGGAAGAGGCCAGAUAUUUGGAGAUAUUUGAAGAGGAAUGUGAACGGAAUAGUCUUCGCCGCCAGAAAGAAGUGGAGCAAGUAAGGAUGGCAAUGAUCGAAUGGGAGAAAAAGAGACCCUUCUGGAAGAAAUACAAGGAGGAACCUCCUCCUUCCACAUUUGAAGAGGCAAAGGUACGUAUUCAAAAGCUGGAGGAAGCCCUUGAAACCUGCUUGAAACGGACUAGUACUCUUGAAGUUGACAACUUUUACUUGAAUGGGUUUACCGAUCUCUGGCCUGAGCUCUCUCUUGCACGAUGGGGAAUUGAGCUCAAACAUAUGACAUGGGAAUGUUACACCUGGGCAAGUGCCAGGUGCAUUAUAACCAGAAGAGGCGACAAGUGCGAAGUCCUAUCCCAGCAGCAAAAAAGGGAUAUUGUUACGGGGUUGAAGGGAUUCAUCGUUCAAGACGACUUGGACAGAACAUUCUCAAGGCUCCCGCCGAACGUAAAGUACAAUUUCCUGGCGAAUUUGGCUACGAUGAUUAUUAUGAAGGAUUGCCUGAGAUUAUUUUGGUCAAAUCCUUUCUCGUAUUUGGAGCUCGAGGAUGAAUUCACAAACAGCGACAGCGACCAAGUUGAGACCCCUUUUGGGGCUCAAUUGAAUGCCCUGUGUGAAGUGUUCCUGAAUGCACAGCCAGAGCUUGCUCGCCGCUGGCGGUCGCAGACAGCACGCCUCGCCAAUCUCCGACAAGAUAAGGGUCUCCAACACCACCCGCCGGAGUUAUAUGAGGAACGCGAUCCUACAUUUGGGCUUGCAAACAAGGCGCUUCGAAAGGCUAAGGCCUUCCAAUUUGCUGCCGCUAGACUCAAAGAUGACACCUUUCGAGCCCUGAUCAAAGAGGAUAUGAAGGAAAACGAGGACACUCUCAAGGAAUCCCUCGGCUACGUAUACUUUGGGAUGGCUGAAUUUGCAAAGGGGACGUCCACAUCGCAGCCGUGUCUGAAAUGGAAACUUCUCGAUGAACUUCCCACUAAAUUUCAAAACCAUUCGCAGCUGAUGGAAAUAGGAGGUUUCGGGGAAGUUGGGUCUAGACUUGACGGGCAUGAAGUGCUCAUUCUCCUUCGACCACAUCUGUAUCGAGUUGGGGGAGUCGGCCAGAAGGGCGAACCACAUCUUCUGUGCAAAGCUGAGGUUUAUGUGGAUGAACCUGCACCGCCGUUUGAAUCGGAUUUGACCUCGGACGAGGAUGCACGCCCCAAGAAGAAACGGAAGAAGCAGAAGGGAGCUGAUACAAAGAAACCUGCAAAAGGCAAAGCAAAAAAGGCAAGGAUGAAGUGA